AUGGCGAAACAAUUCUUUAUUGAAGCGAAGGAUUAUGGGUCUUUGAAGGAGCAGGUGGUUGUUAUUACUGGCGGCUCCUCAGGAAUCGGCCUCGCAACAGCCAAAGUCCUCCUCGAAACGGGGGCGCGUGUCGUUGUGGGAGAUCUGAAUCCUUGUCCUUUAGAGGAGGAGGAGGGUGAGAAUCUUGCAUUUUGCAAGACGGAUGUUACGAAAUGGGAAGAUCUGUUGGCUCUCUUUGCGCUUGCGAUGGAGAGAUUUGGACGGGUGGAUCACAUCUUCGCCAACGCAGGCAUCAGUGYCCGAGCAGAUUACCUCCCGGAGAUCCUCCCCGACACUUCCACUUUACAAGAACCCAGCACAUUGACGUAUGAGAUUAAUCUGCGAGGAUGUAUCAAUACCGCUUACAUUGGAUUACAUCAUCUCCGUCAGCAGAAACGGGCAGGAAGUAUCGUCUUGACGGCCUCGGCGAGUAGUUUUCAGGCCUUUGGCGUCGUGGAUUAUUGUACCGCGAAACAUGGCGUGUUGGGUUUCAUGCGUGGUUUGGUGCCCAAUUUGCCUGCGCUUCCGGAGAGGAUUCGGGUGAAUUGUAUUGGGCCGAGCUGGACUUUGACGGGGAUUGUGCCCGAGGAACUUUGUAAUGCUGCGGGAUUGGAGACUCAGGAUGCGAGGGUCGUGGGGGAACAGGUGGCGUUGUUGAUGGCGCAGGGGGAGAGGAGUGGGGAGUUUAUCUAUAGUGUUGGUGGGAGAUGUUUUGAGGUUGRGAAGGCGGUUUUUGAACCUGCUGCUAAAGUUGUGGUGGGGAGUGAUGGUGGGGAGCAGGAAGGGUGGGAGAGGUUGAGGAGGGCUUCUGGGGGGAUGACGACGGGGGAUUUGAAGGAUGCUACCAGGUAG